GUCACCCCACCCAUGUUUACGAGAUUGCACUGGCUCAAAACCAAUGCAAUGUGAAUACACGUUUGUAGUAGAGUGGUAUCAUACUAUGUCUAAGGCAUGCUAUGACUGCCCGUGCAACCUGACUGAUUGUCAGAGGGAACAAUGCGUAGCAGCAGACGGUGUCCCAAGGCCCAUUAUAGUGGCUAACAGAUCCCUACCAGGACCUCCGAUUGAGGUUUGUGAUGGAGACGAGGUCAUCGUUAACACGGUCAAUCAUAUGGAUAAUGGGGAGUCAAUAACCCUUCACUGGCACGGUCUUUAUCAGAAGUCUACCCAGUACAUGGACGGUGUUUUCAAGAUCAGUCAGUGUCCUAUACUACCCGGAAACAAAUUUAGGUAUAAUUUCACUGCUGACCACCCUGGGACCCACUUCUGGCACGCUCACACUGGCAUGCAUAGGGCAGACGGACUUUUCGGCCCACUUAUUAUCAGGCAAUCGAAGCAGGACGAUCCGCAUAAUCUUCUGUACGACCAUGACUUACCCGAACACACAGUCUUCCUAACUGAUUGGACGCACCAAGCUAUAUCGGCGGCCUAUCUCAGCGACCACUUCAGGGGUGUUGAUGAAGGCCCAGUGUCCAUACUUAUCAACGGCAUGGGUGCGUCUGCAGUGUAUGGUCCGACAUCGUCGACCACGCCGAGGGUGAUCUACGAAGUCCAACAGGGUAAACGGUACCGCUUCCGGGUGAUCAGUAGUGCCAUCGCCAAUAUUCCUAUGAAGGUAUCAGUUGAUGGUCAUAACAUCACUCUCAUCUCGACCGAUGGAGAUGACUUUGAGCCUUUGGAGGUUGACGCUUUCUUCCUCUUCGGCGGGGAAAGGUACGACUUCAUCCUGGACGCAUCUCAAAAUGUCAGCAACUACUGGCUCAAGGUCCAAGGUUACAAGCAAGGAACGGGUCUACGUGAGCUGGCAAUCAUCAGGUACCGAGGUGCACCGGAAGAAGUACCGACCGCUGACCCUUUGGUUGACAGAGAAGGAAAGGUCUACCAAGACUUGGGCAGAAAUUAUAACGAACCUGAUGCGGUGCAUACUGUCAAUGAAUUGAGAUCUCUGCACGCCCAUACACAAUCAUCAAAUAAUAACAUGCGAAGGGUCUAUCUGCCAUUUGACCUAAAUGCGGUCAAUAACCCGAUGUUUAACGACCCAGACCUGUAUCCUAUUGGUCCAAGCGGACCGGGCUGGGGCGACUUCCACGUACCUCAGAUAAACAGCCGGACAUUCAAAUUCACCGACUUCCCUCUCCUCUCUCAAUUCGACGAUCAACUCGCUGCAGCCGGGGCCUAUGAUGACGUUUUGUGUGAAGUGGAACAAGCCGGCUUUGAAUCAUGUGAUACUGAGUUCUGCGCAUGUACACAGUACAUAGAUGUUGAUUUAGGACAGACGUUAGAGCUCGUUCUCAUCGAUGAGGGAUUAUCUCCGUAUAAGGUGGAACAUCCGUUCCAUCUUCAUGGUCACCCUUUCCGCAUCCUCGCUCAGGGUACUUCAGUCAACGGAACAACAAAGGAGGAUGUCAUUCAGCUAGACAAAAAUGGUGGAAUUGUUCGAAACUACGACCACGCCCCUGGAAAGGACACCGUGGUCAUACCAAGCGGUGGAUACACCGUCAUCGACUUCGUUGCCGACAAUCCUGGCUGGUGGAUCCUUCAUUGCCAUAUGGAGUAUCAUUUCGAGGAUGGAAUGGGGAUCUUAAUUCGCGUCGGGAACCAAUCCGACCUUCCUCCUGUUCCAGAAGGAUUCCCGAUGUGUGGUGACUACCCUCCAACACAGUAUCCUUCCAUCGAGUCAGACCCUGUACCUAGUCAAGUCAGUAUGACCAUGACCGUUACCGAAGUCAUCCUCGUUGCCGUAAUCGCUAGUCUUGUACUCCUCAUCAUAGUUCUCAUCGUCGUCAUCGUGGUCCGUGAGCGUUCAAGGAACGAUGGUAAAGGACGCCCUCAGGCGAUACCAAUAAAUGAACGAUGAUGAACUGACCGUAUAAUUGCUUAUUUUUACAUUUGAAGUAUUAGGGAAAUGAGUAUUACUGAAUGAGAACUAAGGUACGGUGUAUGAGGUUCCAAUCAUUGCUGACGUCGUCGUCAUUGUAAUCAAGCGUAAUUUCAUUACCGUCAUAACUAUUUUUACUCUAUACAAGAACAAUAUAUAUGUGUGUAUGGAUGUUUAAACAGAAAUAUGGCGCAAUAAACAGUGGAAAAUAUACAUAGACAGAUAUAUAGAUAAUUAGAUAGAUAGAUAGAUAGAUAAAUAUAUAGAUAUAUAUAAUGUAGAUAGGUCUUAAAUGGAUUGUAGGGCAUUACCAAAUAUUUAAAGUCGAUGUAUUUAUGUAGCCUUGGAACGUUGGUGGCACCGAGGCCAGGCAGGGAAAGGACCACCUAUGAUUUUUUUUUAGUAUUGAAACAUUUGAGGUGUAAAAAUAAGACAGAAGGACGAAGACUAUACGAAGGAGGGGUCCCGACUAUCGAUCGGUUAAUGCCCUCUUUCAGACUAUCGCCGUUCCCGUCCCGUUUAUUGAUACCCGAGGGACCCAGAAGGAAAAACCAGUCAGACCAGUAUUUUUUUUACUGGUUUCCAGUAUAUUUUUACUGGUUUCCAGUAUGAUUUUACUGGGCCAGGUGAUUUUUAACUGGACCAUGAAAAUUAACUGGAAACCAGUUCCAUGCAGUUCAGGCAAAGUAGUAAUACCAGUUAAAUUGUUUUUCAUCAAACUGGUGUAUGCUGGACCAGUUUCAAAAUUCCAGUUAAAAAUCAACUGGAGUUAAAAAUUAACUGGAGACCAGUAAUUCAAGACCAAUUUAAUUUUCAACUAGUCCAGUAUAAUUUUAACUGGACCAGUACGACCAGUUAGACCAGUAAACCGGUGUUCCAAUUUCCAGAGUUACCAGUUAAAAUUCUACUGUUCGAACUGGUCCAGUUGAACUGGUUCUUCCUUCUGGGGAGUUUUCACAACCACUACACAGAUGCUGUCUAGAACGCUGAGAAUCUAUUGUCAAAAGCCUUUCAUGACAGAGCAGCGUUUGUUGAAAAUCGGGGAAUCAAAACAGCAGUGUCGCCCUGUGGGCCGUUUCAUAAAGCUGUUCGUAAGUUAAGAGCGACUUUAAGAACGACUGGUGAACCUUUCGUACGCGCUUAACAUCGCCAAUGAAUAUUCCAUUUACCACAAGAAAGGAUUACCAGUCGUUCUUAAA